GUAAUCCAGCCGCCUGGUAACACUUUUAAUUUUCACGUCGAAGAAAUCGGACGCGUUCUGCGCGUCGCCCGCGCGAGAAUAAAAGAAUUCCAAUUCUGUCAUUAAAUAGUUAUUUUAUUGGAAAAAUAUUUAACUAAGAGCCAACAAACUCAUAGAUACAGAAAAGUAUUGAUUUUCGUCCAAGAUGGCGGACGACGAGCAAUUCAGCUUGUGCUGGAACAACUUCAACACGAAUUUGUCGGCCGGCUUUCACGAGUCGCUAUGCCGCGGCGACCUGGUGGACGUCUCCCUGGCCGCCGAGGGCCAAAUAGUAAAGGCCCAUCGAUUGGUGUUAUCCGUCUGCUCGCCCUUCUUCCGCAAGAUGUUCACUCAGAUGCCGUCGAACACCCACGCUAUCGUAUUCCUGAACAACGUCAGCCACUCGGCGCUGAAGGACCUCAUCCAAUUCAUGUACUGCGGCGAGGUCAACGUGAAGCAGGACGCCCUGCCCGCGUUUAUAAGCACCGCGGAAUCGCUGCAAAUCAAGGGGCUAACGGAUAACGAUCCUGCGCCUCAGCCGCCGCAGGAAUCUAGCCCGCCGCCAGCAGCACCUCAUGUACAACAACAGCAAAUACCGGCUCAGCGGGUGCAGCGCCAGCAGCCGCGCGCAUCCGCCCGCUAUAAGAUCGAGACCGUGGACGACGGCCUGGGCGACGACAGCAAGGGGGGCACAACCCAGAUCGUUAUCCAGACCACGGCCGCACCCCAAGCCACCAUUGUACAACAGCAGCAGACGCAACAACAGCAGGCGGCGCAGCAGAUCCAAACGCAGCAGCUGCAGACGGGAACCACGACGACGGCAACGCUGGUGUCGACAAACAAACGCUCCGCCCAGCGCUCCUCACUGGCGUCCGCCUCCUCGAGCGGCGGCGUAAAGCGCUCUAAGACAAGCACCUCCGCAAAUGUGAUGGACCCUCUCGACUCGACCACGGAAACUGGAACCACGACAACUACCCAACUGGUGCCGCAACAGAUCACCGUACAAACAUCUGUGGUCUCUGCGGCAGAAACAAAGCUCCACCAGCAAUCGCCGCAGCAGGUUCGUCAACAGCAGGAGGAAGCCGAAUACAUUGAUCUCCCCAUGGAAUUACCCACGAAAUCUGAACCUGACUACUCUGAGGACCAUGGCGAUGCCGCCGGUGAUGGGGAGGGCACCUAUGUGGAGGACGAUACUUACGGAGACAUGCGCUACGACGACAGUUACUUCACGGAGAACGAGGAUGCGGGCAACCAGACUGCGGCAAAUACGAGCGGUGGCGGAGUGACGGCGACCACUUCCAAGGCAGUGGUUAAGCAACAAUCCCAGAACUACAGUGAAUCAUCGUUUGUCGACACCAGCGCGGAUCAGGGCAACACAGAGGCUCAAGUUAAGAUCAAAAUGGAGCCUUCACCGACGCCUGGCCAGUCAACGGAUGCUGCUGUGGCCGCCUUGGCCGUCACCUAUUUAAGCGACGAGGAAUCGUUCCGAAAACCCUUUACCCUGCCCAAGAUACUGGAUGGUAAGUUCUACAAGAACAUCCAGCCGAACCAGAAGACGCCAGGAGCUAUCCAGGCCACCUGCACAACAUGUCACGGACUAAUCUCCGGCACCACCAAGUCCACGGGAAACUUUCUCAGCCAUAUCAAGAGGCGGCACAAGGAGCUGCUGCCCCUGUGUCAACUUUACUGCCAGGCUAAGGCCAACGGCACUGUGCCUGCGGUUAAAAAUUCACCACCCAACCCUAAUGCUAUGGUCACCUCGGCGACGUCCAUUCCUGCAAUGGAGAUGAUGACCCAAGUUUCGCAGAUGCCUCCGCCAACAUAUGCCACAGCUCCCACCCACCUCGGCAUGCCGGUGACGGUACCUGUGCCCGUCUCCAUGUCAUUGGCGAUGCCCAUCUCUCUGCCACACGUGCAGACGCCGCAGAUGAUGGCACUGAUGCAACAGCACCAGGCCCACGGUGCCGUCUUUAUCAGCAAAGAUUACUAGCCCCGUCGGGUGUGGGCUCACUAAAUUCUGUGGUUUUAAUAAUCUGUUGAACUAAUGUCGAUGUAGAGUGUACCUAAGGUGAGCGAUUUUUAGUGGGCAAGGAGUCUGCAGAAUUUUAAGGACAACAUAUAGCUUGUUUGUCUAACGUAGUAGGAAUAACGACCUGUGUCAUAUGGUUUAAACUUCCGAAAUAUAGAAUAACAUCACGGUUGAAUUGAAAGCUACUAGAAAGUCCUUAAAAUAUUCCAAAGAUUGCAUACUGCAAAUCGACCCACCUAAACUUAAGCUAAGUGCAAAAUUUUAUAGGUUCUGAUUAGCUUAAGCAAUUUACAAACCAAAAUAAAGAUAAUAGAAACAUUU